UUUAUAGUAUGCGACAGACGGCAAAUCCGUUACGUGAUCGGAUGCAUCGAACAGAAAAUUCACUAGAAGUAUGGAUUUUGGAAGCUAAAGGUGUUCCGGUUAAACGGAAAUAUUACUGUGAGAUAUGUUUGGAUAAGAUAUUAUACGCCAGAACAUCAGCAAAACCACGUGGUGAUAUUUGUUUUUGGGGCGAGCAUUUCUAUUUCAGUCCAAUUCCAAAAUUGGAAAAUAUUUGCAUCAAUUUAUAUCGUGAAGCAGAUGCGAAAAAGAAAAAGGAUCGUUCAACGUUGAUUGGUUACGUUCAGAUUAAAAUUGAUCAACUUACUACGCGACAUCCUGUGGAACGAUGGUAUACUGUAACGGCAACAUCAGAUGGUACUAAAUUAUCAAAUUCAAUCAAAGAUAAAGGUAAUGGUGAGGUAGCUGCAGUACGUAUUAAGGCUCGUUAUCAAUCGGUACAAAUAUUACCUAUGCAAGCAUACACUGAUUUAUUAACUUUUAUGAAACAAUAUUAUUUAUCACUAUGCCAUGUUUUGGAGCCAACAUUAAGUGUCAAAGCGAAGGAAGAUUUGGCUACAGUACUCGUACGUAUUAUGCACAAAUUACAUAUGGCUAAAUAUUUCUUGUGCGAUUUAAUUAUGUCUGAAGUGGACGUUCUUGAUAAUGAACACUUAAUGUUUCGUGGCAAUUCCUUAGCAACAAAAGCAAUGGAAGCAUAUAUGAAAUUAGUUGCGGAUGAAUAUCUUCAAAAUACACUUGGUGAAUUUGUUAAAAUAAUGCAGCAGUCUGAUAAGGAUUGUGAGGUAGAUCCAUUGAAAAUGGCAAAUAUCAGUGUGAUAACAUUAGAAAAGAAUCGUCAUCAGUUGGUGACAAAUGUUAAAACUGCAUGGUCUAAAAUAUUAGCAAGUACUGAAAUAUUUCCAAUUGAAUUACGUGAAAUUUUUGUUACCCUACGAAGACGUUUGGAAAAAGUUGGUCGACUUGAUCUUGCUGAUACAUUAAUUUCAUCCAGUAUUUUCCUGCGAUUUCUUUGUCCAGCAAUACUUAGUCCUAGUUUGUUCAAUUUGAUUUCCGAAUAUCCAUCCGGAAAUGCAGCUCGUAAUCUUACAUUGAUCGCUAAAACAUUGCAAACAUUAGCAAAUUUUACGAAGUUUGGUGGUAAAGAGCACUAUAUGAAUUUUAUGAAUGAAUUUGUUGAACAUGAAUGGGAUAAUAUGCAUCGAUAUUUGAUGAAAAUUUCAACACCACCAGCAAACAAUCAACGAAAUUCGGGUGAAAAUGAUUGGAAUAUAUCGGUAGAUAUUGGAAAAGAAGUAUCAUUAUUGCAUUCGUAUUUAGAUGAAUUAUGGACACCUGAGAUUCAUGAACAAGCUAGUAAAUAUGGAUCACAGAUGGCAGAAUUGCGAUUAAUUUUAGCAAAAUUACGCUAUAUACGUAUGCGAAGUGAUGGUUGUAGAGAUUAUGAAUUGUUACCGAUUGACAGUUCACCUUCUGAUUAUGAUAAUACAAAUAUUUCAAGGUUGCAUGCACACAGUAAUAAUGCGAAAUUUCCAUCACAUAUUCGUAAUACAGUAAGCGAAUCACAUGUGAUUACAAAAGCGACGCCAGCAGUACAUUUGAAUACAAAUGAUGAUUAUGUAUUAGAUAUAGCCUUAUUGAAUGAUAGUUUGGCAGUACGACAAGCUGGUUUAACCGUACAGAAACACCGGAAUGGACAUCACCGUAAUCAGCGAUGUUUCAAUGAAAACGCUUCCUGUGAACGGCAUAAUCGAAGGAAUCCGUAUACAACAUUACCAGAUAUUUCGGCAAGUCGUGAAAGGAUUAUUGCAUUUGAUGCUAGCAGUAAGUUAGUAGCACCUGAUAAUAAUACUUUCGUAUCACCAAAUAUUUUAUCCGAAUAUUCAACUGGUGGUUGUCGUGGAAAUGAAGAUACUGAUUCGGAUGAAACAACGCAUGGGUCUUCAAUAAUACGUUCUCGUCAUUCACGUCCACCACGUAAAAGUAAACGACAUACUGCUUCAUCAAUGGAUCGUGAACAAACAACAGUUACAUGUCCGGAUACUAUUGUUGCACCUUCAUCUAGUGGAUAUCAAAGUCAGAAUCAUAGUAGCAGUUUGAGUUCAUCGAAUAGUAGCAGUCCAGUUGAGCGUAUAACAAAACAAACUAAUCAUCCCACUUAUCAUUCAACAUUGCAACCAUCCAAUGCAAUGUUUAAUGCUCACGAAUGUAUUCCGUCAACAUCUUCCUCAUCCGGAAAUUCUGAUAAACCAUUAGUUGAUGAUAAUGAUCGAUAUUGUGUACGUUCCGCUCCGUCCACAAUGUAUAAAACUUCCGCACAUCCGUCAAAUUUAGAAAUAAUAAAUGGUAGUAAUGCUAUUUAUGAUAUACCAAAAUGUUCAUUGCCAAGAACUAAUCCACACUGUUCUUCACGUAAUACAGCAGCUAUGGCUAGUGGAACUAUAUUGAAACCAACAUUAAUUGAUAUCGAAAAUGAUGGUGGUAAUGAAAUAUCAUUAGCUGUACCAGCAAGAUCUCCUGAUUGUGGUAAUAGCAGUAGUAGUAGUAAUAAUAAUAAUGAUAGUAAUAAUAAUAAUAAUAACAAUAAUAAUAAGAAGAAAAAUUAUGACUACGAUAAUGAUAAAGCGGAUAACAUUGAUGGUAUUGAUGAUGAUAAUGAUGAUGAUGAUGGUGAUGGCGAUAAUAAUAUUGCAAAAGAAUGUAGUACAAAAUGGUGCUUUACCGAAAAACGAACAAGUGGUAUGAAGCAAUGGCCAAGAAAAGAGUUGCAGACACUCAGCCAACAGGAAAUAAUCGAGCAACAAAAGCGUGAAAUUCGACGAUUAAUGAAGGAGAACGAAGAAUUGAAACGACGUGUUGCUAGACAGAAUCAAACAAUUAAUGAUUCCAAAACUGACAAUUCUCAAACGAUUAUACGUGAUGAUUAUGUAUCAGAAGAAAGUUACGAUUCGUUAAGUUCAUCCAAUGACCUUCAAUUAUCAACGAAGAAUGCUAAAGCGAUUACUCAUUGUUAG